AUGAGCGACUCACUAUACGACGGAACGAUUGGCACGGUGAAGUGCGCCAUGGAGACACUGGCACAUCUUCUUCGCAAAGCUGAGGAAAGCCCUAACGCCGACUCUCUGCUCGCUGCUCGUUUGUACGACGACAUGAAACCUUUUACCUUUCAAGUCUACGUAGCCACUCUAAUGGCGGAGAGAACGGCUGCGAGACUGGCUGGUCGCGAGACAACCGUCUUUGAGGACAACCUCGCCUCGUACGCCGAAAUGCACCAACGCAUCGACAAAGUCCUGAAAAGCCUUACAGCGGUGGACAAAGACAAUUAUAAUAAGCAUGCUGACCAAGUCAAACCUACUCAACUGCCCCUAGGGGUGGAAGUCGAUUUGUCUGGUGCUGCGUAUGCUCAUGGGAUGACUGUGCCGAACAUUUUCUUCCAUCUGAACAUGGUGUAUGCUAUCCUUCGGAAGGAAGGGGUGCCGUUAGGAAAGCGGGAUUAUUUAAUGCCAUUCCUGACUACUCUGACCCCAUAUCCCGUGAAUAAAAGCGGACCUUGA